UCUUUAUUUCGGUUUGUGUAAUCGCAGAUGACGUGCCUCAUCGUUUUCGUGUGUAAACAGCGCAGACACGACUGCUGAAUUUGUUUCCAUUGUGUCGUGUGUGCGAGAUUGGAUUGAGUUGCAUAAACAAAAAAUUCACUGAGGAUACCAAAGCCUCGUUGGGCCCCAUCUGCGCGGCUAUGAAGUGGUUCGAGGGCUCCAUUCCAGAGGCAAUCGCUCUGGCAAAGUCCAAGCAACAACUCUUCCUAGUGUUCAUCGAAGGAAAUGAUGAACUUUCAAAGGCCAUGGGGACCACUUACGAAGAUGCGGCCGUUUCAUCGAAGCUGCAGAGUUCUCGCUGUGUCGCCAUCAAGCUUCAGGCUGGCAGGCAACCAUGCCAGCAGUUUUCACAGAUCUACCCCGUCGUGGUUGUGCCAUCAAGCUUCUUCAUUGGCUGCAAUGGCAUUCCUCUGGAGGUGAUUGCGGGCAGCGUGGAGCCACCCGAGCUUCUCCACCGCAUUGACAAGCUCUUCCAGGAACCUAGCUGUGUUGGUGACAAUGGCAGCUUGCCAACCGAAGUAGCCCUCGAGCCAGCACCCACUGUGUCGGCCUCACAGGCUGAGGCCACACCACCUGACGCAGCUGCAGCAGCAGCUUCCCUGGAGGAGAGGGUCGAGAGGGCGAAGCGUCUGGUUGAGGAUCGGCGCCUGCAGAAGAUAAAGGAAGAGGAGGAGGCGGUGCGGCAAAGCGAGGUGGAGCGAAGGCGUGUGGCAAGGGAGCUGCAAUUGGCGCAACAGUCACGGGAGGAUCAGCAGCGCCGGGAAUGGGCGCGGCAGCGGGCACAGGAGAAAGAGGAAGAACGCAGGCACCGGGAACGCAUCCAGGCACAGAUUGCACAGGACAGGGCAGACCGUGCUGAGAAGUACCACAAGGACAAAAGCCAGGAGGAGCAGCGCAAGCGGGAACGUGAGGCCCAGCGGCUCCUUGAACAGCAGCAGAGGGCUGCGCAGGAGGCUGCAGCACGAAGCCAAGUAGCAAGGAUACAGUUUCGUCUGCCAGAUGGAUCAUCUGCUACACACACCUUCGAUGCUAAUGCCACACUUCAGGAUCUGCACAACUAUGUUGUCGAGACGGUGCAGCCGAGCUUUUCAAACUUCACCCUGUCAACGACAUUCCCACGUCGAGAGUUCACCCAGGAGCAGUACCAGAGCAACCUGCGUGAGCUGGAGCUGGCCCCAUCGGCUGUCAUCCUUGUUGUACCUGUUAGCAUGCCCAGCGUGGUGGUCCCAGCAGCAGUGAGCAAAUCGGGAGCAUCACUCAUGAACCUCCUGUGGUCUCUGCUGACACCAUUUGGCGUGAUCUGGAGUCUCUUCGUAGGCCUCAUCUUUGGAUCGCCCGACCCCCCAGUUUCGGCUCCAGCUUCUGACAUCAGUACUGGUGCCACUGCUCAGCACACUGAUGCUUCGCAAGAGCAAGCACAGGGGGGGGCACGACGGCGACGCACGCCACAGCAGCCACAAGGCGAGGGCAUGUACCAACGUGAAGGAAACGUGUACCGCUUCUCCAACCAGCGCUUCAGUGAUGAGGACGAUGACACCAACACCUGGAAUGGGAACUCCACGCAGCAGAUGUAGCCUUGCCAUAACUGCGUACACAUGGGAUGGUCAGGAGCAGUACAAAAAGGAUAAAAUAUAUAUAUGUGGACAGGGAGUGGGCUCAGAUGCGGCAGCAACCUGUUAAGUUGAAGAGGAAUUAGAUGCAAAGGCACAGGUGGUACUGCUGCAAUAUUUCAAUGUGAACUUUUUCGAUGGUGGUACAAACUGCAAAUCACACUCUAGUACAUCUGUGCCUUUGUGCAGUAAUAACCAAUAUCGAGCUCGCAGUGAUGCGAGAGGUAAUAACCAAUAUCGAGCUCGCAGUGAUGCGAGAGAGUAUGGGAAAACAAGCUCAAAUUAAGCCAGGAAAAUGGCAGGUGAUUGCCUAAACCGAACGAUGUUUUUAAGAACAAUUUUGUGGUAACUAGGGGCGUGAUCUUGUACGCGUUCCAAAAUGGAACGGAGGGGUUCCAUUCCAUCGAGCCGCACACGAUUGGUCAAUUUCAACCGUGACGUUCAAAUUGACCAAUCGUGUGCGGCUCGAUGGAACGGAACGCCUCCGUUCCAUUUUGGAACGCGUACAAGAUCGCGCCCUAGAUUACUAAAAUGUCCAGGAAUGCACAAACAAAAUGCUAGAAAAACCAUUGUAGACAACCUCGUGUGGCUCCUAAAACCUUUCUUAGCUUUUAUGUAUAGAAUUCCCAAGGAAACAAAUGCGUCAAGCUCCUGCCUAUAUUGUUCCAUGCCCUGGUUCGCUUUAGUUUGUUUUCUUUUUUUCUUUUAUACAUGGGUGCACCAACUUGUCAAAAUGUGCGCACUUAGCUGCAAAGUUGAAAGACCAUGCGAGCACAUGCCAAACUGCAUAUCCACAACUUCUACUGGCGCACUGGCUGCUGUCGAAAGCAGCACUCGAAUGAAGCUGAGGUACAUUAGCACAAGCUCUUGGGCCAGUUGGUGCAUGCUGAACUUCAAAAAAGGGAGUUACCAGCGAAUACACAAGGACACGUACACAAGGAAAAGGCAUUAGCCACAGGCGGACGCUGACAGAAAGUCCAGCGUUCCUCCGUGUCUAACGCCUUUUCCUUGUUUACACGUCCUUGUGCAUUUGCUGGUACUUCCCUUUUUCAAGUUCAGAUGAAACUACAUCACUUUACACCCACACGCUUGUUGAUUCUCUUCCACUGCCUGACAGUUUUUAUUGCCGUCACUGUGUGGAUACUUCAGUGGCUGGCACAACUUAUUUCUGGCUCAGUAGCAAUGUAAUAGAAGCAGGCACACAUCUUUGUGUCACCUGCCAGAGAGUUGAUAUUGCUUUGCGGGAUGAACAGUUCCUUUUCGAAAAUGGCACUGUCACCCCAAAAGCACUUUCUGUCUACCACUGAAAUGGAAUUUGCUCUGUGAUGACCAUGCAAAGCUGUCAGAUAGUAUGAAAAAAUUUACACUCUUGUGAGCAAACAGUGACACACUUAUGCCCUAGCUAGGCUCUCAAUAGCAGCUGUCACACUGGAGGUGCAGUCAUGGAUGCACUCACAUGGUCCACAAACGUAUGCUGUCAACUGUGCAUCAAAAAAUGGGCUCCUAGUAAGCCAUUUAACUUGAUGGCAAGCUCUUCUUACAGGUAUAAAGCAGUAAUUUCCCAGCUUGCUUUGACUUAUUUAUCGGCUGCAGGAACAGUGCAGUGACAAGUUUGGCUUUCUCAAGAUAGCGAUCAGUUGUCCACACCAAAAGCAGUGUAUCUGAUGAUGAGAGAGAACCAUUUUAUUUUGCCCUAUACAGGUUCAUGGUACCUGUCUUGCAUGAAGUUUGAUGAGAGGCACAGCAUAUUGGGCAUUAAUUAAUUUGUUGAUUUGCUGAAUUCAUUUUGUAAAGAGGGCAUAACAAAGAAAAGUUUCAACUUGGUGCUAAGAGACCCAGCCCAACCACUAACAAAUAAACGAGGUCCUUUAUUAGUGCUAUUUGAUGACCAGGAACAUUUUACUUGAUCAGAUCAACCAACAUUAAUUGUCCUUCACCCUGAUUCAGCAGAUGACUUGAGCAUGCUUUAGCUAAGUUCAGUUAUUGUAGCUGGAGCUGCAUUUUCUUAAUAGUCAUGAUGAAGCCUAAUUUGUUAUUGUAAUAUGGAGGCCUAAUUUGUUAGACGUGCCAGCCACGAGGUACUGUGGCCAGUCGUGCAGGCCGCAGCACUUUUGUUUUCUUAGCUAGGAUGUUCGACAAAUGCAACUUGUGAAUGGCCAUCAGAAAACAUGCUGCAAAGAAGCUGUCAUGCUUUGGGCAAUGAUGGAAAUUCAGCUUUCAUGCUACAAGCUUUGUUUCUACCUGUAGUUAGGACUGGGCCAUAUUGGAAUGCCAGUUGUUAGAUGCGUAUGUAGCCAUUUUAAGUAGUUUAACCUGAAGUAAUGUUUCUUGAAGGGUUGAGGAGUUGUGUAGUAUUCUGAUUUGCAUUUUAGGUAACCAAGUGGGCGUGUUCAAAUGAACCUAAAUAUACACAGUGCCAUUAUUUCUAUGGACAUUAAGAACAACUGCAAAUUUCUUUGACAGAUGAAGAUGGCUUGCGUAAGCUUUUUCUUUAAUGGGGUUUUUUUAAGGCUGGGCAGUCACCUUCAUGCUCAGAAAUUUGUGGUACCUUUUUUUUGUGUGUUAAUGUCUUCAGUUGACCAGCAUGCCAGGCUACUUGCGGUUUUGUGAAGGCAGCGUGGCUCAAAGAUAGCCCGGUGCCUUGCACAACAAGCGAACAUUGGGCAAGGAAUGUAAGCCAGGCUCACAUAAGAAGUAAGCUGCGAUUAGUACAAUGGGCAUGGCUCCUUCCCACCUUGUAAGUAAUGUUUCUUGAAACACUCUCUGAAAUGUGCUUAUCAAGAGAGAACUUUAAAAAAAUCAAAUUACUGUAAUGUUUAUGGUGUCCCUGAAAAAGCUAAGUUGUUUCACAAUAUUGGUUAUCCUGGUGCACCCACUGUAUCUGGAACACUGCAGGGAAGCUGAAAUAAAUGUUUGCUAUAGGCUGUAUGUGAAUGGAUUGUUAGGUUUUCUUUGCAGUUGGCCUUGAGCUUCGCAGAAGACAUUUCUGUGUCACAUUUUUUAUGCCACACAUUCUUUUGUGUUCAUAGCAUCAUCUCUUAGAUUGAGAUUGUGUACUGGAAAAGUCUUCUCUUGCAUGCUAUUUCCUAGAACAUUGGCCAUAGUUUGCUGGGUUGACUACUUUGUUGUGGCAAUUCAAUGUCCAACGUGAAGUAGAAACAUUCCUAUGCAUUACAUUGUUAAUUUCUGCCUUGUACUGAAAGUGUCACCUAGCAAAUCAGACUGCUGUUUCCAGCCUGUCACAGCCUGUGCCCUGUGGAAAUGGAUAAAAUAAAUGCCAUUGAAAAGC